CAUAUUCAGCCGUCUAGCAGCGCUAUGCCCACUGACAUCAUGAACGCAGUGAGGAUGCAGCCCAUCUCCCAGCUGCAGCACCACAGCCCGGUGCUGCCCAUCAGAUUGCUGAGCAGGGGGCCAGAGUACCUGCGCCGGCAGAUAGACACUGGCACGCCGCGAUCCAGCCUGAGCGCAGUGGAGAGGCUGGCAGCCGACAAGGCCAAGUACGUGAAGAGCCAUCAGGUGGCAAGCGGCGGCACCGGAGGCAGCUCAGCCUCGGAGAGCAGCACCAGCAGCAGCUCCGGGGGCAGCAGGAAGAGCCGGCACCAGGAGGAGGCACGGAGCCCGGAUCAGCCGAUCAGACGCGGCAGCAGCAAGAGGCUCCUGCGCCCGGAUUCCCUGCUCAUCUACCGGCACAAGAACCGUGCAGACGGGCCGAUCGAGGAGGCAAGGACGGGGCUGGUGAGGAGACUGUUCCUGGGCAACGUUAAGGAAAAGCCCCCGGUCUCCGCAGCGUCCCCUAGUGCCGACGAUCCUCGCUCCAGGACGGGAUUGCACCGAUCGCAGUCGGACAUCAGUUCCAGAUAUUCCCGAUCCUUCUCCGACUUCGACACCUUCUUCCAGUACUGCGGCCUGGAGCCCGAGGUGGUGGAGGAGCUGGGCAGGGACAGGUUCGCAGCGGCCGCGGACGAUGUUUUGGACGGAGCCGGGCAGUACAGGAUCCGCAGCGCCAGCGUGGCUACCUCGGACAGCGGCUUCAGCCGGAGGAGCGGGGAGGACAGCGCCGGAGGGCUGCAGGAGGACGAGCCGCUGAACGGGCAGAUUCCCGGAGUGGGCAAUGCCAACACAUCGGUGAUCGAGCGCAAUGCCAGGAUCAUCAAGUGGCUGUACAGCUGCAAGAGGGCGAAGGAGACAAGGGGGGCAUCGCCCGACCUGCCCUGAUCGCCCCACUCUGCAGGGACACAUGGACCCCAUAUGCUUACA